CUAAAUACAUAUUAUGUAACCAUUACCUCAUCAAUAUCACUUCUCUUUUCAUACACAAUAUAAGGUUCCUAUCUUCUUUUGUGUUUUAUAAGCAAAUGCAAAUAUAGAGAGAAAGAUGGACGGCAAAAGGUGUGCGAUUGUGACCGGCGCGAAUAAAGGAUUAGGGCUCGAGGUAUGCAGACAGUUAGCUGCAACUGGCAUCAAAGUGAUUCUUACUGCUAGAGAUAAGAAAAGAGGACUUGAAGCUAUGGAGAAGCUCAAAGGGUUGGCCGGUGAUGAUAUCACUAAUAUCAUCUUCCAUCACCUUGAUGUGGCCGACCCCUCUACAAUUACACCUCUUGUUGAUUUUGUGAAGGACAUGUUUGGAAAGCUUGAUAUAUUGAUCAAUAAUGCUGGUAUUCUAGGAUCCAAGGUUGAUUGGGAAUCCCUGCAAGGUAUUAUUGGUAAGCCCGGAUGGACUGAAGACAAACUCAAUGAAUUAAUAGAUUCUCAAACAUACGAGAUGGCGGAAGAAUGUAUCCAAGUGAAUUAUUACGGCACGAAAAAGAUGAUUGAAGCAUUUGUUCCCCUUCUCCAACUAUCUGAUUCUCCAAGAAUUUUGAACGUUUCUUCAGUCGCUGGAAAAUUAGAAUAUUUGUCAAAUGAAUGGGCUAAAGGAGUGCUAAAUGACGUUGACAACCUCACUGAAGAAAGAAUAGAUGAGGUGGUGAAAGUGUUCCUCAAUGAUUUUAAAGAUGGAACUAAUUUGGAAACCAAAUGCUGGCCAAAGAUUCUCAGUUCUUAUAUAGUGUCAAAAGUUGCUUUGAAUGCUUACACUAGAGUUAUAGCCAAGAAAUUUCUGGGUAUUCUCGUGAACUGUGCUUGUCCAGGUUAUGUUAAGACAGACAUCAACGAGAAUACUGGAUUACUUUCCGUGGAAGAAGGAGCCGAAAACCUAGUUAGAGUGGCUUUGUUGCCUGAUGAUGGGCCUUCGGGAGCAUUCUUUCAACAAGCCAAACUCUCUUCUUUUGAAUGAAAAUUAGUUAAAGUGUUCUUAUAUUCAGUUAUAUAUACUUACCAUAAACUUGUAUAUGGUUACUUGUUUUAGCUUUGCCUAUAUAAUUUGUUUGAAUAAUUUAUAUCUUUGAACUUCA